AUGGGCAACGUUCAGUCGAUCCGCCGGGCCUCUGUGUUCCUCAUUCACCAGUUCUCCGUGCAGCAUCUGAGCCUGCUGCGGUUCCUGUUGGUCGCCACAGCCGCUGUUACCCCUGUUACCCCCUGCCACACCCCGUUCCCCCCUGCCACACCCCACUCCCCCCUGCCACACCUUGCUCCCCCUGCCACCCGUGUUACCCCCUGCCACAACCCGCUCCCCCCGCCACCCGUGUUACACCCCCCACUCCCUACUCCCACCAGCCACCCGUGCUCCCCCCGCCACACCCCGCUCCCCCCUGCCACCCGUGUUACCCCCGCCACACCCCGCUCCCCCCUGCCACCCGUGUUACCCCCGCCACACCCCGCUCCCCCCUGCCACCCGUGUUACCCCCGCCACACCCCGCUCCCCCCUGCCACCCGUGUUACCCCCGCCACACCCCACUCCCCCCUGCCACCCGUGUUACCCCCGCCACACCCCACUCCCCCCUGCUACCUGUGUUACCCACUGCCACACCCUGCUCCCCCCAGCCACCCAUGCUCCACCCGCCACACCCCGCUCCCCCCUGACACUCUUGUUACCCCCUGCCACACCCCGCUCCCCCCUGCCACCCAUGUUACCCCCUGCCACACCAUGCUCCCCCCAGCCACCCGUGUUACCCCCAGCAACCCCCUUGCUACCCCCUGCCACCCCCUACAACCCUGCCACCAGGUGUGA